UCAUGCAGAAGAAUGAAGAGGUGGGGAGGAUUGCCAUGGCGGUUCCUGUGAUCAUCUCUCGAGCUCUGGAAAUGUUCCUGAAGUCUCUGCUGACCAAAAUCUGUCUAAUAACUCAGUCAAAGCGCAGCGCCGUCGUGUCUGUCGCUCAUAUGAAGCAGUGCAUAGAGUCGGAGAAGCUCUUCCACUUCCUCAAAGACCUGGUGGAGCGAGCUUCGUCUCCGUCCGGCCAGAAGGACGACCGAGGGAUGAUGAGCAUGUGGCCGAUGUACAGGAAUACACGGCAUGAAAUUUCUGUUAAAAAAACAACUGAAGUGGUAGAAAUUGCGCCACGACGGAGCCUCGACUCUCUGGACAACGACUCCAGCUCCUCUGAGUCGGAGCUCUUCAUCUGCUUGUGAGAUCAACCAGAGGAACGUACAUCAUCAUUUCAUCAAGUAACUUUUGUUUGAACGUUUAUAUCUUUAUUUAAACUUUGCUAAACCAGGUCAACAUUAACGUGAGGAUAUUAACUAUUUAAAAAGGUUUUGAAUUUGUUUU